AUCUCCAUUAAGUACGCGACGGAACGGCAGCCUCCAAGAAAAAAAGUUAAACAAAAGCUGUGUGGAGAAAAUUUGCUUAAAAAACGGAAACUUAGCGGUCCAGGAAGCAAAAUAAGUAAACGUAACAAACAGAGAAGGACCACAAAACAUGGAAAACCUGCCAUUGGCUUUCCCCCUGCCCACCAACCAAUUAGUUCGCUUUUCACCAAACAAAAUGCAGUAAAAAACCAACAAAAUCUUGUGAAUACAACUCAGAAUGGCCACCCAAAAGCCAGGCGAAUGGGCAAGUGCCCUUUUGGCCCGCUUUGAGGAUCAGUUGCCGAACAGGAUUGGAGCCUAUGGAACGCAAGCCAGGAUGAGUCAGGACCAACUAGUGGCCUGUUUGAUCCAGAUAUCGAGAUACCGAUUCUCCCUGGUAAUUUCCGGGCUAACCAAGAUGCUGCAGAGGGUUAAUGAAGCGGCUCUUCAAAACCGACAUGAACCUGAAAGAUGCUACUUUGAGUCCCUCGUCAUUAUACUGACCACCCUGGAGCGAUGCUUAACCAAUCAGACCAAGGAUACUGCGCGCUUCGAGGAGGCUAUGAAUGUAAAGUUGCUGCUGCGCGAAAUCUCCCAAUUUGUGGACGUCCAAAGCGACAAUAAUCCAAAUGCCGCCCAGCUUAAGGCUCUGGCAUCAAAGGUGCUCUUUGCGCUGUCCCAGAAUCACUUCUCGGCGGUCUUUAAUCGCAUUUCAGCCAGGAUCCAGGAGCUGACAUCCUGCUCUGAGGAAAAUCCGGAUUACAACGACAUCGAAUUAAUUCAACACAUCGACAUGGAUAUGAUUAAGCUUACCAAACUGCUGCAAGAAACCAUCACAAAAUUUCGAUCAAAGCGUGCUCCGCCGUUGAUUUUGCUUUACUCGCUGGAGAAGGCUAUUUGGAACUGGAUUGAGUACCAUCCCCAGGAGUUUCAGGACUUGCAGCGAGGCACCAAUAGAGAUAUAUCCACAUGCUGGGAACCUCUAAUGGACUUUGUGGAGUACUUCAAAACAGAGAACAAGAAAAGCAAAACCCUCGUGUGGCCACUGCAAAUGCUUCUGCUGAUAUUAAACCCCUCUUGCCUUGAGGCCGUCGUCAACGAGUUGCAACAGUCCGAGAAAGAGAAAGAAAAGGACAAGGAAAAAGAAAAGGUUGCGUCUAAGUCGGGUCAAUCCACAUCCCGGGACAAGGACUUUUCGGCCAAGCAAUUCAUUGAGAGCAUCAAAAGAGGUCUGGGCCAGCACUCGCCCUCCAAGCAGGUCACCGAAUCCUCUGCCAUUGCCUGUGUAAAACUCUGCAAAGCAUCAACCUACAUCAACAACACCGACUCCAAUAAUGUGGUCUUUAAAUUAGUGCAGUUUUUUAUUAACGAUCUCAAGGCGUUGCUCUUUAAUCCGGCAAAGCCCUUCUCCCGCGGUCAGGGCUAUAACUUUGCGGAUAUCGAGCUGAUGAUUGACUGUUGGGUUUCCUGUUUCCGGAUAAAUCCCCACAACAUCGAAGCGCUGAAAGUCUGCCUGAAUUUAUCGUCUCCGCAGGCGUAUCACUUCGUCAUAGUUUGCUCCCUUUUAAGGUUGGCACACAUAUAUGUAGACUUUCGCUUGCAAAACAAGAAUCCCUUCCGGAUUGUCAACCAACCAAGAUUGUCCUGGUGGCCACAAACAGAUGUGGUUCAUUACCGCUCCGCUGAGCUAAGGGCUCUCUUUACAGAUACUCUAAACAAAGCCACACAGGGUUAUAUCGCUCAUACCCCACUGCGGUACAUAACAUCACUGACACUCAAAUCCAAAGACACCCAGAAGGGUUUAACCCGGGCUGAAGAAGGUCCGGCCCACAAAAUGCUGUUGCUGCUGCUAGUGCGGCUUAUUCAUGCUGAUCCCACGCUUUUAUUGAAUACCCAAGGAAAAGUGGCUCACGAAGUGCAAAGCUCGACUUUGGAGCUGAUCAACGGGUUGGUUAGCUUAGUGCAUCAAACGACAAUGCCCGAUGUGGCCCAGGAGGCUAUGGAAGCGCUGCUUGCACUGCACGCCCCGGAAAAAAUUGAGGUUUGGAAUCCAGAGGCUCCCAUCAACACAUUCUGGGACGUGAGCUCCCAGGUUUUGUUCUCCAUUUCUCAAAAGCUCAUCCAGCACCAAAUAGCCAAUUAUACGGAUGUAUUAAAAUGGCUUCGCGAGAUCCUUAUAUGCCGGAAUACGUUUCUCCAGCGCCACAAGGAUUACGCGCACGUGGGGAGUCAAAUCGCUAUUUGCAAGCAGGCUCACAUUAAGAUGGAAGUGGUUUUCUUUAUGUACCUGUGGAGCGUUGAUUUGGACGCAGUCCUGACAUCUCUUUCCUGUUUUGGAUUACUAUGCGAGGAAGCAGAGAUCUGCUGCAGUUCCGACGAGCUGACGGUGGGCUUCAUUAUGCCGAAUUAUCACAUUUACCAAGAGCUCGCUCAGUUGUCAACAUCUGCAACGGACUCCCGCAUCUGUUUCUUUGACAACACCCAUGGCAAUGUGCUUAGCCGCCUCACACUCCAAAAGCGAAUAAUGACCCUAUUGCGCAAAAUUGAGCACUGCGUCCAUGGUGUUCAACCCGCUUGGGAGGAGACCUUUCGCAACUGGGAGGUGUCCAGCAAGGUUUUGCAAACUUACCCCAAAUGCAAGGGCGAAGACGGCCAGGCGGAGGUCUUUCAUCGAGGCAUGGGCAAGCGGCGAGCAAGUCACCAAAGUUCAGAGCACGAUCUUGAGGAGCAGAUCAACGAGUGGGCCAACAUGACCUGGUUCUUAUUGGCCCUGGGCGGUGUCUGCCUUCACAAACGCAGCAGUAGCCGACAAAUGCUGCUGCAGCAAUCACAGAACAAUGCUUCGCUGGGAUCACUUGCGCAAAAUUCACUGUACUCGAGCUCCACAAGUUCCGGACAUGGGUCUCUGCAUCCCAGUACGGUUUCGCUAUCCACGCUUCCGCCAGCACCGCCACAAGAUGUCAGCUAUUGCCCUGUAACACAAUUCGUUGGGCAACUACUACGUCUUCUAGUCUGCAGCAACGAGAAAAUUGGUCUUAAUAUCCAGAAAAACGUUAAGGAACUGGUGGGCGAGGAGAUGUCUACCCAGCUGUAUCCCAUACUCUUCGACCAGGUUAGAGCCAUAGUGGAAAAGUUCUUCGACCAACAGGGCCAGGUGAACGUCAAUGUGACCGACAUCAACACGCAGUUCAUCGAGCACACAAUCUACAUAAUGAAGUCGAUCCUCGACCCCAAGGCUAGCAAAGAUCCCAACAACGAUCAGCCUUCGCCAUCGGAACAUUUGGGAGUUACAAGCAUCGAAGGCAUGAUGCUGGGUAUUGUGCGAUACGUUCGCCACCUGGACAUGACAGUCUAUGCCAUCCGGAUUAAGACUAAAUUAUGUCAGCUGGUGGAGGUGAUGAUGAAACGCCGCGACGAUCUGGCCUUCCGCCAAGAGAUGAAGUUUCGAAAUAAGCUGGUCGAGUACCUGACCGACUGGGUGAUGGGCACCUCGCAUCAAAUUGCGCCGCCAAGCUCAGCAGAUGCCGCUAUCCUCACCAACACAUCCCUCAUCUUUCGAGACCUGGAUCAAGCCUGCAUGGAGGCAGUGGCAGCCCUGCUUCGGGGUCUUCCCCUGCAACCGGAGGAAUCGGAUCGUGGCGAUUUGAUGGACGCAAAGAGUGCGCUCUUCUUGAAGUACUUCACGCUUUUUAUGAACCUGCUAAACGACUGCAUUGACAGCUCUGAGGCGGAAAAGGAAAUGAACAAUACUCCAUUGUUGCCACCACGCCCUCGCAUGGCAGCUGGAAAGCUUACCGCCCUACGGAAUGCUACCAUUCUGGCUAUGUCCAAUUUGCUAGGCGCCAACAUCGACUCGGGCUUAAUGCACUCUAUCGAUCUGGGCUAUAAUCCCGAUUUGCAGACCCGUGCCGCUUUCAUGGAGGUGCUCACACAAAUCCUGCAGCAAGGCACAGAAUUCGAUACCCUGGCUGAAACUGUGCUAGCAGAUCGAUUCGAGCAAUUGGUCCAGCUGGUUACAAUGAUAAGUGACAAGGGGGAACUACCCAUUGCCAUGGCACUGGCUAACGUGGUGACCACUUCGCAGAUGGACGAGUUAGCAAGAGUCCUGGUCACUCUGUUUGAUGCCAAGCAUUUGUUGUCGCCCCUGCUGUGGAACAUGUUCUAUCGCGAGGUGGAGGUCUCCGACUGCAUGCAGACGCUUUUCCGUGGAAAUUCCCUCGGCAGCAAGAUCAUGGCCUUCUGCUUCAAGAUCUACGGCGCUAGUUACCUGCAGAUGCUUUUGGAGCCGCUGAUUCGUCCACUGCUGGACGAAGAGGAGGAGACCUGCUUUGAAGUGGAUCCAGCUCGUCUUGAUCCCACCGAGGACAUUGAGCAUCACAGGAAUAAUCUGAUCGCGCUUACCCAGAAGGUGUUUGAUGCCAUCAUCAACUCGUCAGAUCGCUUUCCUCCGCAGCUGCGUUCGAUGUGCCAUUGCCUCUAUCAGGUGUUAAGCAAACGCUUCCCAAAUCUGCUCCAGAACAACAUUGGUGCAGUCGGCACGGUCAUCUUUUUGCGCUUCAUUAACCCUGCCAUAGUUUCCCCGCAAGAACUUGGAAUCGUUGACAAACAAGUGCACAGCUCGGCUAAACGAGGGCUGAUGUUGAUGUCGAAGAUCCUGCAAAAUAUUGCAAACCACGUCGAGUUCUCCAAGGAACAGCACAUGCUCUGCUUCAAUGACUUUCUGCGCGAUCACUUUGAAGCCGGUCGAAGGUUCUUCAUCCAGAUUGCCUCGGAUUGCGAAACAGUGGAUCAGACUUCGCACAGCAUGAGUUUCAUUUCCGAUGCAAACGUUCUGGCUCUGCAUCGCUUGCUGUGGACGCACCAGGAAAAGAUCGGCGACUACUUGUCCAGCAGCCGGGACCACAAAGCUGUGGGAAGGCGACCCUUCGACAAAAUGGCCACGUUGCUAGCCUACUUGGGUCCGCCCGAGCACAAGCCAGUCGAUUCACACAUGAUGUUCAGCUCAUAUGCACGGUGGAGCUCCAUUGACAUGUCCUCGACCAACUUUGAAGAGAUUAUGGUGAAGCACCAAAUGCACGAAAAGGAGGAGUUUAAGACCCUCAAGUCGAUGAACAUUUUCUAUCAAGCGGGAACCAGCAAAUCUGGUUAUCCUGUCUUCUACUACAUUGCAAGAAGAUAUAAGAUUGGAGAAACGAACGGCGAUCUGUUGAUUUACCACGUUAUACUCACCCUGAAGCCCUUCUGCCACUCGCCCUUCGAGGUAGUCAUUGAUUUUACGCACACCUGUUCGGACAAUCGAUUCCGAACAGAGUUUCUCCAGAAAUGGUUCUAUGUUUUGCCCACGGUAGCCUACGAAAAUGUGCAUGCAGUCUAUAUUUACAACUGCAACUCGUGGGUACGCGAAUACACCAAAUUCCACGAUCGCAUCCUAGCACCUUUGAAGGGAAACCGCAAGCUACUCUUUCUGGAGUCGCCCAACAAACUCACAGAUUUCAUUGAUGCGGAGCAGCAGAAGUUGCCGGGAGCCACUCUUUCGUUGGACGAGGAUCUCAAGGUGUUUAGCAACGCGCUGAAACUCAGCCACAAAGACACCAAGGUGGCCAUCAAGGUGGGUCCAACUGCCCUGCAGAUCACGUCUGCUGAAAAGACAAAGGUACUGGCUCACUCUGUGCUUCUGAACGAUGUUUACUACGCCUCGGAGAUUGAGGAGGUGUGCCUGGUGGACGACAACCAGUUCACCUUGUCCAUAACCAACGAAAGUGGUCAGCUGAGCUUCAUUCACAAUGAUUGCGAUAAUAUUGUCCAGGCCAUUAUCCACAUCCGAAAUCGCUGGGAACUUAGUCAGCCCGAUUCAGUGACGGUGCACCAAAAAAUCAGACCAAAGGACGUGCCGGGAACCCUAUUAAACAUGGCUUUGCUCAAUCUUGGCUCAUGUGAUCCCAAUCUGAGGACUGCUGCCUACAAUUUGCUAUGUGCUUUGACCGCCACUUUUGACCUGAAGAUCGAGGGUCAAUUGCUCGAGACGCAAGGUCUUUGUAUUCCCUCUAAUAAUACAAUAUUUAUUAAGUCAGUGAGCGAGAAGCUUGCCACCAACGAACCGCACUUGACCCUGGAGUUCCUCGAGGAAUCUAUUCAGGGCUUUCAACGCAGUACCAUCGAGUUGAAACAUUUGUGCUUGGAGUAUAUGACGCCGUGGCUUAAGAACCUCGUCAAGUUUUGCAAAUCCAAUGACGAUUCCAAGAAGCUUAAAGUCUCACAAAUUUUGGACAAGCUUAUCAACCUAACCAUUGACCAAAAGGAAAUGUAUCCCUCAGUGCAGGCAAAAAUUUGGGGAUCGAUUGGGCAGAUUCCCGAGCUCAUUGACAUGGUGUUGGACAACUUCUUGCACAAAUCGAUUACAUACGGCUUGGGCUCACCGCAAGUGGAAAUCAUGGCGGAUACUGCAGUGGCUCUUGCUUCCGCCAACGUUCAAUUGGUAUCCAAGAAGGUUAUCACUCGGAUGUGCCGAGUAAUGGACAAAUCCUGCACGAAUCCUACGCAGUAUCUGGAGCAACACAUGAUGUGGGAUGACAUUGCCAUCCUGGGACGCUAUCUGCUCAUGUUGUCGUUCAACAACUGUUUGGAUGUGGCCACCUCGGUGCCCUACUUAUUCCACACCAUAACGUUUUUGGUCUGCUCGGGAUCGCUGUCUAUGCGGGCCUCCACCCAUGGCCUGGUGAUCAACAUCAUCCACUCGCUGUGCACCUGCACCAACCCCUCCUUCUCGGAGGAGGCGCAGCGAGUGCUUCGACUGUCCCUGGAUGAGUUCUCGCUGCCCAAGUUCUAUCUGCUCUUCGGCAUCAGCAAAGUCAAGUCGGCAGCAGUGACUGCAUUCCGCUCCAGCUGCCGCCAUCCCACAGAUAAGUGGCUAGGAAAUGAGAGAGUUACUCAACCUCUCCCCGCGGACCGGGAACGUUUGUCGUUGCCCUCGUUGGAAGUCAUUACGGAUGCUCUUCUUGAAAUCAUGGAGGCUUGCAUGCGCGACGUUCCUGAUUGCGAGUGGCUCAACACCUGGACAUCCUUGGCUCGCAGUUUCGCCUUCUGCUAUAAUCCAGCACUGCAGCCCAGAGCUCUGAUAGUCUACGGUUGCAUCAGCAAGAGUGUUACGGACCACGAGGUGAAGCAGUUGCUGCGCAUCCUGGUGAAAGCCCUUGAAUCGUUCAACGAUCUCAUUCUGAUCGAGGCGCUGGUCAUGUGUUUGACUCGCAUUCAACCGCUUCUGCGUCCGGAGUCGCCCAUCCAUCGAGCCCUUUUUUGGGUGGCCAUUUCGGUAUUGCAGCUGGACGAGAUUACCCUGUAUGGUGCAGGUCUGGCUUUGCUCGAGCAGAACCUUCACACACUAAAGUCACAGGGCUGUUUCGACAAGAAGGAGACCAUAGCCGAGGUGAUGAUGAAAACGAGGGAAAAGCUGGAGUGGCACUUCAAGCAACUGGAUCACGCCGUAGGACUUUCGUUCCGCAGCAAUUUCCACUUUGCCCUGGUGGGCCAUUUAAUUAAGGGCUUCCGUCAUCCAACACCUACCACAGUUUCCCGAACUUCUCGAGUCCUGACCAUGCUGUUAGGCAUCAUAGCCAAGCCGUUGCAUCGAGACAAAUUCGAGGUCACCCCCGAAAGCGUAGCCUACUUGACGGCUCUGGUGGCUGUUUCCGAGGAAGUCCGUUCCAGGUGCCAUGUAAAGCACGCCCUGCCCCGCUGGCCUGCUGAUCUCAGUGGCAGUGUGGAGAAUGGGGAGGCACCCAGUGGAGUGCAAGCCAUUGGCCUGACCCUAUCGCGGCGUCAGAAAAGUUGGGACAUCCUAGAUCAGUCGGCUCUGCAAUUUGCUCGCCAGCAUAAGGUUCCUACUCUUCAGAACGCGCGGGUUUUGUUCAAAACUCAACGCUCAUUCUCGGUGCCGACGACCAAAGAUCCGAACAAUGCAACCGGCAUCGAAGAACGUCAGGAACGCGGCUCGCGUUCUUCGGUGUCCAACGAGUCGAAUGUCCUGCUGGAUCCCGAAGUCCUUCCUGACUUGUCCAUACAAGCCCUGGUGUUGACUGUUUUGGCCACUUUGGUCAAGUAUUCCUCGGAUGAGGGCGAAACGCGUGUCUUGUAUCAGUAUUUGGCCGAAGGAUCUGUGGUCUUUCCCAAGGUGUUUCCAGUUAUUCAUUCGUUGCUGGAUCAGAAGAUCAACAAUAUUUUGUCAGUGUCCCACGAUCAAGUGGUGCUGAACUCGGUGCAGAAUAUCAUACAAAAUAUGCUGGCCAGCGAAGAUCCAUCGCAACAACAGCUGCACUUUCUCCAGAGUUGCGGAUUUGGCGGCCUCUGGAGGUUUGCUGGUCCCUUCACCAAGUACAACAUGAUGGGUGAAUCAUCGGAACUGUUUGUCAACUGUUUGGAGGCCAUGGUUGAGACCUGUUUGCCAGGCGAUGAAUCUGCCCCGGUGCCACCGUCGCCACGUCCCUAUAAUCUGAGCUCUAGUUUGAGUAGCCUGACCUUGGGCUCCCCCACGGACAAAGCAUUCUCAUCGGAAUCAUUAGAUUUUUAUGACAAUUGCCCAGGCAGCGUCAGCAGCCUGCGACGCGCCUCACACAGCAAAUCACGCGCCAAACAUCGAAUUAACGACAGUCCAUCACAUUGAACGUUCCACAAGUAAAUUACAAAAAAAAAAAUAUUUAAAACUGCAACUAAAGACAAAAUAAGAAUAGCUGAAAACAAUGCCACAGAAUAACACCAUUAUUGGAAACAAAUAUGUACUUUGUAGUUAUCUAAGCUUUGCCAAAUGGAAUUAUUGUCCCCACAUUUAAUACGGUUCAUUUUGUAAUUGCGGACACCACCUUGAAAAAUGCAAAUUGUUAAACACAAAACAAAAAUCCAAAGACAACCACUUGAUAAUGCACUUAACCGUACAAGCAUUAGCAAAUUGAUGUUGAAAAAUUAGGAAUUAUAUUGAUGAUAUAUCUGGUACCUUGAAGCAUUUAAAACAUAUUUUCGAUAUCAUGUGGGUGAAUUGAAUGCACCUUUUAUAGCGUAGUGUAGUGUUGCCACAAAUAUUUGCUGAUCCAAGAGACAAGAACCGAAAUUCACUACAGCUUAAUUGUAACAGAGUACCAAAAUAUAUUUCUGAUAAAUGCAUGCCUAAAAUUUUUAAAAAUGUUGAAAAAAAACCGUCACCCUGUACAAGAUUCGGUUCAGUAGCUAAAUAUUUAGCCAAAAACAAAAAAACAUCAAGAUUUUAUAUAUUUUCAUUAAAGACCAUAUUUUAUACAAGCAAAUAGAUAAUGAAAGUAAAAUAUAAGUAAAUUUAGUCUUCUUUACCGCUUUAUUGCCCAGAUAUUCCUUUCAGCCCACCUAUUCCUUCCCUCGAUGUGUUUAUGCAAUUUUUGUCUUACUUUCAGCUGCAUGAAUAACAACUACAAACCCGCGCACUAGACGUACCACACUAAUCGCAAAAGUAAUGCGUUUCCUAAAUCUGUUUAAAAAGUGCUUUUAGAGAACGUGAAAACCCCCACAGAAUGUCGUACAAAAACAUAGAAUAUUUAUAUAUUGAUACAUGUAUAGAAUGUCCAGAAGCCAUGUCCACUAAAUGCGAAAGGAGGAAAUGAACGCGAGAAACGAUAUGUGUAAAAAUGAAUGUAUAUAAUGUAUGUGUAGAAGGGAGUGGAUCGCUGAUACUGUAAUCACAAUAGAAGAAGAUAUCGAACGAAAUAUUUUUAAACGAUUAUCGAUUGUAAGCUUUAAAGUUUGCAAUCCGCAACUGAAAGUAUACACACCAAGUCCACCAGUUCCUGAAAAGAUGACCACGACCAGGCAAAUCGGAGUUAACCAGAAAGCGAUUAAAGGCAAAAUCAAACGAAACGAAUUAAAGAACUUAAAGCUUUAACAAAACGGCGUGCUCCGCAUGUCGUUUGCAUUGUUUUGUAUUAUAAAAGAAUCUCCCCCGCAGAAAAUGUAUCAGAUGGCAUUUAUUUUUUUAUUCUAAUUACUAUUAUUUUUUUUUUAAUGUUCAUAUAUCAUGAUUCCUUACUAAUUUAUUUCAUGAGCACAUUCUGCAAGCAAAUUGUAAAACACCAAAAACUAAUCGAAUGUAAGCUUAAAACGACCCAGUCCGCUUAAUGAUAAUUUAGUUUUAAGCACAAUCCAAGAUUUUAAACGAAAUAGAGUUGAUAAGCGAAAAGAAUCGAACCAAAAUAAAACCUUACGAACGUUACACAUUUGUACCUCUUAUUAAACAAUAAACGCAACAAAUUAGUCCGUUACACUUACUUUCUAGCACAUGGAUUUUAAACUGUAUUUGGCGUUACCAGAUAUUUUUUUUUAACUAGAUGAGCAAAUGGAACAGGAUCCAUCAUUAAUAAUCUUAAUGUAUAUGUGUGUGUUGCUAUAUGUGUAUUAAAUAUGUAUCUUUGUAUAUUACAGCCACUUGAAGAUAUUUAUAAAAUGUUAAUGUCCCAAAUUUAUCAAUGUACAAGAAUAUCGAACAAAUUAAUAUACUUUCAAUUCAAAUGUUUAAUGAAAA